AUGCCGUUUCUCAACAUUGCUGCACCAUGUGAUCAGACCCUUCUGAGAAAUCACCAUCCGACCGUUCAAGCAUUUUUGGAAACAAUUGCUGGAGAAGAACUCUGCCGGUCCCAAGACCGGUUGAGAAAGGAGGAGGAUUUGAGACCGUGGCGAAGUCUCCACGAAAUUUCGCCACCUGCCCUUCAUGCUAUCAACGUCAUCGAAAAUUAUGCCUGUUCGGUCGUUCCGGAUAACCAAGGGCCGCACCGGCGUUGGGAGACUGAGGCAGGCUGCGAAAAGUCGGCGUUCAGAACCUGCUCAUCGCCGUCUGCCAACCAGCGUAGCAGCACGACAACGGCUGGCGAAGAUCGACGGAACGACGACGAAGAUACACCUGUCAGCAACGUAGUCGCUACCCUGUCUGAACGGAGGAGAUAG